AUGUUCAACCGGAUUACACGAUCAGCUUCCAUGAAAGGUAACUCUUCUCAAAAGACUCCAAAAUCUGCUAAAAAGAAAGAUAAUUCUUCUUUUAUUUCUGUUGUAGAAUCAAUAGUUUUUCCAACAUCUGAAACACCCUCCUCUCUAAAACCAGUAGAAGAUCCCUCACCUCAAACAUUAGAACAUUUUGACAUAGAGUUUGACCCCUCAGUAACUUUAGAAAACAUACUAAACAAACCUCUCUCUCCCAAUCUACAUCUUGAACAAAAUCAUCCAGAACUUCCUAGAGUUCUUUCUGAUAUUGAUCAAUUUGAUCCAGAUUUUCAAACUCAUAACCCUGGAAAUCCAAACUUUCAAACUCCUCAAACAGAAAAUCCAAACUUCCAAACCUCUAACCCUGAAAAUCGAAACGCUACCGCUUCCUAA